UUAGUUGAUAAAACCCAAAACAUCCGGUACUGUUUCCCAUGGAAACGAAGUCUGUGCCGAAACCUACCAAGGCUAGAUCGCCACAGUAACAUGAACAUGCAAUGUCAGCUAUAAAAUUCAAGUAGUGAAUACAUUAAAAUAUAAAUAUAUAACCUUAUAAUUACGGACGCAGCAAUGUGCACGAAAAUGAAUCCUGAUCGUUUCAACUCUAGCCUCUCAGUUGAUGAGUACCUUGCUGAGACCAACGUGCUUUUCUACCUGAACGAUGCUGUGACCCAGCUUCUGGAGCACAAGGAGGAAUACACCCAGUUUGGCAUCGUCCGUUACUUUGCAGAAUACUUUAGCAGUGUGAAGAACGGCAACCACGUACUGUUCAGAGAGUUCGGCUACAUCAAGGCCACAGCUCAUAACAGGGCCUCCUUCAUACGCGUCCUCUGGAGGUGCUUCCGACAGAUUGGGAAGAAUGGAGACCUCCUGGCCAUGUUGGAGUACAGCUCCCUUCUGCAGCUCCUCUGUCCAGACUUCCCAGUGGAGAUGGUACAACAUGCAGCAAGGAUAGUGCUAAUGGAUGAUGCCAUGGACUGCCUCAUGUCCUUCUCGGAUUUCCUCUUCUCUUUCCAAAUCCAGUUCUACUUCGAAGAGUUCCUGGAGAGUAUUGCUGUGAUCUACCAGGACCUGCUGUCAGGGAAAAGCCCCAACACUGUGAUCGUCCCAACCUCUACCUCAGUGGAACAGCUCCCCCAGGUGGCCACAGAGGAAACUGAGGCCCAGGAAGGAGUGGACUCCUCUGUCUUUGGAGAGUGCAUCGAGGUGCUUUGUGAAAGGUUCAAACACAACCAUCCUUCUACAUCUGCCAUUAGAGAGGUUCUGGAGCUAACACAGAGAGUGACAUUCUAUGGCUUUGUGAUGGCUCUGGUCAGACAUGAGGGCAUCAACCAGGACAUUGGUGCCCUACCAAACAAGUCAGAGCUUCUCAUUGACCCUGAGAUGGACCAGGAAGUGGAGAAACUCAUUGCCCAGAUCGCUAUCAGCCCUACGUCCAACAGCAGCAGCAGUGUACCAGGACACAAGGAGCCCCCUAGGAAGGCCUCCCCACGCAAGUCCCUUCACCACCGCAAGAGGAUCGAGAUGGAGAGUGACGGAUCCACCGAGGAGACUGACUCCUCAGAGAACUGAGCCUGGACUGAGGCUGACCUCCCAAUGGCCCCUUGGCCUCCCAUUAACACACUUAUACUUCCACUGGCAAACUAAAUUUGUCAUUAACCCUGUUACAACUAUAGUGUCUGUGUUACAACGGUGUAGGCUUAUUAGGCUUAUUACUCUAGGCGAAUUUCUGUAGAACUGUUAUAUAUUUAGUACUAUGAGAGAGAACCUGUCUGUCUGAGAAGUGUGAAAGUUUUAUUUUACGAUAACAUCUCUGCAGGUUGGAACUGUAAUACAGUGUUCCCUACCUGGUAACACACAUUCUUGUAUGUAGUUAUUUAUGAUGUGAUAUAUUUGUAUGUAAUUUAUGAUUACCAACCCUGUAUCACCUAAUAUAAAAAUUGUUGCUGUGUGUCACAAUGUCGCCCAUGGCAAUAAUGUCUCACUGCAUGGCCAGGAAGAUUUUUACACCUCAGGCUACCUCUUCGAGUGUUGUUUAGAGAUGGAAUCAUCAAGGAAAAUAUAAAUCAUAAAUUUCAGAGAGGAUGCAAACACCUUCACAUUUAAUGACAAGAAUUGACAUCCUGUGUUUUUUUUCUCUACAAUGUUUUGUUUGACAUUGAUAUCAUGCAAUACACACCCGGUUUGAUCAAA